AUGACUAAAGAGACUCAAGACUUACGUUUCUCGCCUGCAAAGACGUCAACAGCAGGCGAAGUGUCAGCUACCGAUGCGUUGUUUAAAGACCUUACCAAGUCUCAAGUUCGAAGUACCGAGAAUCCAUUAAAUACAGCUGGAUAUUUAUCCAUUGCGACAAUGUGGUGGAUGCAUCCACUUCUUCGACGUGGAUAUCAAGCUCCAUUAGAUGAACAAAGUGUUUGGGAUCUUCCCACAAUUGAUCAAGCACGUCCCCUUCAGUUAAAAUUUGAUCAUUUUUAUCAAAUAGAAGCACAACGUGUGGCUGGACGUCUCAAGAGAAAUGGGACACGUAAACGACCAAAUGUCAAUCGUGCCAUUUGGAAGAGUGUGAAAGAAACAUGGCGAAUUGCAUUUGUGCUUCAUGUUCUCAGUGCAGGUUUGAUCCUGUUCCAACCAUUUCUUAUCAAAGCAAUUUUACAGCAUUUUGAAGGGAGUCCGAAUUUAUUACGCAUUUCAUCGGGGUAUACAUUAGCGAUACUAUUAGGUUGUACCGCAUUUCUAGGAGCUACAACUGUGAAUGCUGGCCAAUUUCUUACAACACGUGUAGCAUGCAAUGCACGUAUGAUCUGUAUGAAUAGUGCAUAUCGUAAGAUUUUACGUCUUACAGCUACAGCACGACGAACGAUGGAUAUGGGCGAAAUUGUAACGUUUGUUGGAGUUGAUUGUGAUCGUGUUCUUACGGCUUAUAAAUUAGGCAUGUGGUGUACUAUAUCUCCAUUGAUGUUAGCUAUUGUUGGGAUUCUUAUUGGAACUCAAAUGCCUGCUAUUGUAGCACUUGUGGCCAUGGUUACGAUUACAUUGAUUAUGUAUGCAUCAUCAUAUAUGUCAAAAAAAAUUGGGGGAUAUCGACAAGAAAUAUCACGUUUAAGUGCAAGUCGUUUGAAGGUAACAAAUGAAAUGCUUCAAGGAAUUCGUGUUGUCAAGUUUUAUAGUUGGGAAGGGUUUGCAACGGAUUUAAUUAAUGAUAUUCGUGAUCGCGAGAUUCGUUUAUUACGAAAAUAUCAUCGAGUACGAUUAGCGAACACGGUCUUGAUGUUCUUAGCACCAACACUAUUAAAUUUGGUUUGUUUCUCGUCGACGAUUCUACUUGGAAAUUCUCUCGAUAUUCCAACAACAUUUACAAUCGUGGCAUUAACAAAUGCGUGUCGUACACCAUUUAGUAUUUACGCGGAUGCUUCGGUUGCACUUGCAGAAGCAAUAACCUCUACAAGUCGAUUAUCGGAUUUUUUAGCCUCAGAUGAUACAGGUACACAUCAAACUGGUACAGAGAAGAUUGAAGAUGUUCCACGACAAGUACCUGAAAUCUCAUUAAAAGAUGGAGAUUUUAAAUGGACAAAAGAUGCUGUUGACUUGACACUAUGUGAUAUCAAUUUCACAUCACAACCUGGUACACUUACAAUGAUUGUUGGUCCAGUUGGAAGUGGCAAAUCAAGUUUAGUACAUGCUAUCUUAGGUGAAAUGGAACAACUUCGUGGUACACGAGUGGUACAUGGCAACAUAGCAUAUGCUAGUCAAGAACCAUGGAUUCAAAAUCAAACGGUACAAGAGAAUAUUCUUUUUGGUGUACCAUAUGAAUCGGAACAUUAUGAACGUGUUAUUCAAGCUUGUGAACUUCUUUCGGACUUUCAAAUGUUAGAACAUGGAGAUAAAACGGAGAUUGGAGAGCGUGGAAUUAAUCUCAGUGGAGGUCAAAAAGCUCGAAUUGCACUUGCUCGUGCUAUGUAUCGUUCCAAUGAAUUGAAUUUAAUGAUAUUUGAUGAUCCAUUGAGUGCACUUGAUGUACAUGUAGCAAAUUCCGUCUUUUCCAAAGGAAUUCAAUGUCUUGCAAGAAAAACAACUCGAAUUUUAGUUUUGAAUUCACAUUAUCAUUUACUUGAACAUGCUGAUCGUAUUCUGGUGAUGUCAAAUGGAAAAAUUUGUGGAGAUGGCAAGUUAAUGGAAUUACAAACUUCAUUUCCAUUUUUAUCUUCAUCUCCACGAACACGACGAUCAACUUUUGAGGAAUCAAUGGAAGUUGAAAAACAAACGAGUUUUCAUGAAUUGACAUCAAAUAUUGAAACGGUUGUCACAUCUAUUCGUACGAGUAUUGAAACAUUAAAAACACCAAGUUCGGGAAAAUUAAUUGUUCCAGAAGAUCGUUUAGUUGGAUCAGUGAAAUUUCAAUCUUAUGUUGAUUAUCUUGCAAGUUCAGGAUGGAAUGGACAUAUUUUAUGUUUUUUAAUGAUUACACUCUUUACAAUUGCACAAGUUGUUUUAUUUGGAUGUGAUUGGUUUUUAAGUCAAUGGGCACAAGGAUCGUUACAUUUAACUCAAAUGGAUGCACUUGUGAUUUACGUUGGUAUUGUAUUAACUGCUGCAAUUCUUUCAUUUGGUCGUUGUCUAUUGUUUAUGGCCAUUUGUAUGCUUUGUUCAUUGAAAAUUCAUUUGAAACAUUUGAAUAAAGUCUUAGCAGCACCAAUUACAACAUUCUUUGAUAUCACACCGAUUGGUCGAAUUCUCAAUCGAUUUUCAAGAGAUCUGGAUGAAGUGGAUAAUCCAUUACCCUAUUGGGGUUUAUGGCUUGCACUUUGUCUUUUUCAAGUUGCUUCAUCAUUUCUUGUUUGUGCUAUUGUCAAUCCAUUAGUUCUUUUUGUUUAUCUCCCUAUUGGAUAUGGUUGUUGGUUUGCUGCAAAAGUCUAUCGUGCUACUGCACGUGAACUUAAACGUUUGGAUGGUGUAACUCGAUCUCCUUUUUUAAAUUUAAUGUCUGAAACGGUUUCUGGAAUUGAAACCAUUCGUUCUUUUCAAAUGGUCAAUUCCUUUGCUUUACGAUGUGAAACGUUAUUAAAUCAAAAUAUUCGUGUCUUCUUUCUAGCACAAGUUUCAUCUCGUUGGUUUGAUAUGCGAACAGAUUGGUUUGUUUCAAUUAUUGUUGGAAUUGUAGCAGUUUUAGCUGUUGCUGCUCAAUCAACAAUUGGAGCAUCAGCAGCUGCACUUGGUUUAUCAUAUGCUGCUCAAUUAUCUUCAAGUUUUCAACGAAUGACAACAUUAGCAUCUCGUGUUGAAAGUAGUAUGACAUGUUUUGAACGAAUUGCUCAUUAUGGAACCUUAGAUCAAGAAGGAUCAAAACGUACUCCUUUAAAAAAAGAGACAUUAGAUGUCACUUGGCCACAACGAGGUACAAUAGAUUUUCAAAAUGUUUCAAUGCGAUAUCGUGAUGAUUUACCAUUAGUUUUAAAACGAGUUUCAUUCUCAAUUGCAAGUGGUGAAAAAGUUGGAAUUUGUGGACGUACUGGAUCAGGAAAGAGUUCGUUAAUGAGUGUUCUCUUUCGUGUAGUUGAAAUUCCAACAUCAGGACGUGUUUUGAUUGAUGGGAUUGACAUUGCUACGAUUACUAUUCAACAAUUACGAACUCACUUGACUAUUAUUCCACAAGAUCCGAUGCUUUUUAGUGGAUCUUUGCGUUUGAAUUUAGAUCCUUUUGGUCAAAAAAGUGAUGCUGAAUUAUGGCAAGUAUUAAGACGAGUUCAUUUAUAUGACAUGAUUACAUCGUGGGGUAAAGGAUUAGAAUAUCUCGUCGCGGAAAAAGGUGAGAACUUUUCAGUUGGACAACGACAAUUAUUGUGUAUUGCUCGAGCUUUAAUUCGUGAAAGUAAAGUGAUUGUCAUGGAUGAAGCAACAGCAAAUGUGGAUUUAGAAUCGGAUAAAGUGAUUCAAGAAACAAUGAAAGAAAGUUUUGGAAAUGGCAAAUGUACUGUGAUGAGUAUUGCACAUCGAAUGGAAACAAUUGCUGAUAGUGAUAAGAUUUUAGUCUUAGAUGCUGGAGAAGUUGUGGAAUUUGAUACACCUAUAGCAUUGAUGAAGAAGAAAGGAGGAGUGUAUAAAUCACUUGUUGGCUCCGGGAAACCAGAGUUGAUGUAG